GCGGGCGGGCGCGGAGGGCGUGUCCGCCUGGCGGAGGAGGAGAGGCGGCCGCCUGCCUCCUUGUGUGUCCGUCUUGUGUGGUGUUGUGUUGUGUUGUGUUUGCACACGACGACCAAGAACGCCAAGAGGCUGCUAGAAGACGAGAGAUGGACGACCAUGUAGCCGCCAGCAGGCUGUGAAGCACACGGAAGAGGACGCUGAGGGACGGGGGAGCUGCCAUGGAGACUCUGUCCCAAGAUUCCACGCUGGAAUGCCAGAUCUGCUUCAACUACUUCAGCCCGCGACGGCGUCCAAAGCUGCUGGACUGCCGCCACACGUGCUGCUCCGUCUGCUUGACGCAGAUGCGCAGCAGCCACAAGGAGAUCCGCUGCCCGUGGUGCCGCGGCGUGACCAAACUUCCGCCGGGCCUCUCCGUCUCCCACCUGCCCGACGACCCCGACGUGGUCACCGUCGUCGCCAUCCCCCACGCCUCCGAGCACACGCCCGUCUUCAUCCGCCUGCCCAGCCGCGGCUGCUACAUGCUGCCGCUGCCCCUCGCCGGGGAGAGGGCGCUGGGGUGCCGCUUCCUGCCGGGCGGGCACCAGAAAGGCCUGACCGUGCUGACCGUGCCGGAGGAGGACGCUCUGGCAGUGGACCUGGGUCUGGACGGGGUGAGCCUGGACGGCGGCGAAGGAGAGCGGCGGGCGAACGGACCGGCCGCCGGCGGGGGGAAGGGAUCCACGUGGUCGGGCGUGUGCACGGUGAUCCUGGUGGCGUGCGUGCUGCUCUUCCUGCUGGGCAUCGUGCUGCACAACAUGUCCUGCAUCUCCAAGCGCUUCACCGUCAUCUCCUGCGGGUGAAGCGGGUGAAGACCUCACGAACAUCUAGAGACGCCAAAGAGGACGCCGUCUUGGAUUAACUGCCAUCCCGUAGUUCCCUUUUUCGAAGAUUCGGUUUGUGAUGAGUAGAAGUACAUCAGUCGUUGUCCUGUAGCCAAGUGGCGGCCGCCUGUGACCGGCCAGAGUCCAGACUGAGCCCACUUGGAAUGACCAACCGGGGCCGUGGUGUCAAUGAAGUUAGAACACGGAACUUGUAGUGUUCAUGCCGGACUCAGCUUUAUCUUCCAUGCAUUUUGUCACCUGCUAACUACAAUGAACUAGCAAUGGAAUUCUUUCAACUCAGCCAUAGAUUGUUUAUUCUCAUAUGAUCAGCUUAGGAAAGAAACAUUCUUUCAAACGUGUGUUUAUUUAGUUCAGAAUUGAUUAGGUCUGGACUAGCUUACAUAGACGCGGUCUUGCCGCCAGUCUUUUACGCUAAGCUAAUUAGCUUCCGAGGGCUGCUGGUUCUGCAGUGUUCUAAUCCGUGUGUUGGCAGCCACAAUAAAUCCAGUGAGCCCCCGCAGGCUGGCGUCGCACACAUGGCCCAUGAAUAAAAUGCCAAGUGGAUUUCA